AAUGAUGAGAUAACUACCAAAUGCUACAAGUAAAUGGUGGAUAAAUGGAGGCACGUGCAGGCCAAUUGUAUAUUGGCACUCCCAUCACAUAACCCAACUGUAUGAGUCUUUAUAAAAUUGAGUGUACUAGUAAUAAAAGGGAAUAACUAAUUCAUCAUCAUUAUUACACUCACUCAAAGUCUGCAACUUUUUGGUCCCUUCCCAUCUCUCUCUAUGUAGAUGCUACAUUGUAUUGGUGUUGUUUUCAUCCAUCUGGCUCCUUCCAUUUUCAUCACAGAAUAGUAGUUUCGAAGAGGCAUAAAGUUGGGCAGAAGAGCUAGGAAGAGUAAGCAUGUCAAGUGAAAGUUGCAGCCACUGGUGUUAUAGUUGUAGGCAACCUGUGAAUCUAAGUAGACAAAAUGAUGUUUGUCCCAACUGCCGUGGUGGAUUUGUUCAAGAGCUUGAAGACAUAACGAGUAGUAGUGCAGAUAAUCAAAGCCAGAGGCCGAGAUUUAUGGAAUCUGUCUCAAACUUUUUAAGACGACAAAUCUCAGCUAGAAGUAAUAUUUCUGAGACAGGGAGAUCUGAUGAGCAAGGAAAUUUGUGGAAUCCGUUGCUGAUUUUCAGCGGUGAUACGCCUGUUCAAUUGCCCGGGGAUGGUGGAGCUUUGGAGUUUCUUAAUGAGGCUCUUGGCUUCCGACGAGAAAAUGGUGGUGAUUAUUUUGUUGGUCCAGGAGUGGAGGAAUUUUUUGAGGAAAUUAUCAACAGAAAUCAGCGUGGUCCUCCUCCUGCCUCAAGAGUUUCAAUUGAUUCCCUACCAACAGUCAAGAUAUCGAAAAAGGAUGUUAGAUCAGAUUCCCACUGCCCCGUUUGUAAAGAGAAAUUUGCACGAGGGACUCAGGCAAAAAAACUGCCUUGCAAGCAUUUAUAUCACUCGGAUUGUAUCAUUCCAUGGCUAGAACAUAAGAGUUCAUGUCCUGUUUGUAGAAAGGAGCUGAUAUCCGAAAGUUCUGGCAAUGAUCAUUGUCCUCGAAACUUGAGGAGUGAAAGCAGAAGCAGCAGUAGGCGAUCUAGCGGUAGGGAGAACAUUUCUCAGAACCAAGAAAGGCGGAGACCAUGGUCUUCCCUCUGGAAAUUCCGUUCAUCUCGUUCUAGUUCGCGUAGUACUCCAGCUGCUGAAACCAGUUCACAGUCCAGCCAUCAAUACAAUAACUACUCUGAGUACUCUAACUGGCCCUUUGAAUAACAAGGUUUCUCUAAUAAAUGUAACCUGUUUUCUUUUCUUCAAAUUCUUUGUGAUCAUAAUGUUCUACCUCUGGUUGAACCUAGGCAGUUUCUCAUGGUAGAGAAAAAACGCCUUAUGUGUUUACUUGCGUGUAAUGCACACUUGAAGUUUUUCAUGUGUUUCUGAUCGACUGACUUUUAUCUGGUUCUCAACGUGUGGUUUUAACAUUUCUUCUUGUUCAA